GGGUUUCCGUUCAAUAAACCGUACGUGGCAGUCAGAGAACGGAACACGGCCGUAGAGAGUGUUGCGCCUUCGCUGUUCCAACUGUCCACUCCCAGAAAAGCUGCAUUUUUACAGGCUAUUCUGUAAAAAGGACAUUGUUAAUUUGUUUUGCGUCCUCAGCACACCUUUUAAAUUAUGUUUACCGCGUCAGAGUUAGUUGUCUUGCUGGGCGUCCUGUGUGCUACAGCAUCCGGCUACUUUGUUAGCAUAGAUGCUCAUGCUGAGGAGUGCUUCUACGAGCGGGUCAACUCCGGCACGAAGAUGGGCCUCAUGUUCGAGGUUGCCGAGGGAGGCUUCUUGGAUAUCGAUGUAGAGAUAACAGGGCCUGAUGGUAAGCAGAUUUACAAAGGGGACAGAGAGUCCAGUGGAAAAUAUUCUGUGGCCGCACACAUGGAUGGAACCUACAAGUUCUGCUUCAGCAACAAGAUGUCCACCAUGACACCCAAGAUCGUCAUGUUCACCAUCGACAUUGGGGAGGCACCUAAAGGCCAAGACAUGGAGACAGAAGGUGGUGACAGCUGGGAUGCUCAUCAAAACAAACUGGAGGAGAUGAUCAACGAGCUAGCUGUUGCUAUGACUGCAGUGAAGCAUGAGCAGGAGUACAUGGAGGUCCGCGAGAGGAUACACAGAGCAAUUAACGACAACACAAAUAGCAGAGUGGUCCUGUGGUCCUUCUUCGAAGCUCUCGUUCUGGUGGCUAUGACACUUGGACAGAUUUACUACUUGAAGAGAUUUUUUGAAGUGCGACGAGUGGUGUAGUUUCCUAAAUCCAUCCUUGUGUGUCCUCCACUGUUUUCUCCAACACCAAGACAGUUAUUUACACUCUGAAAGACAAGACUGGCAGUUUUGAGAAAAGCCAACACAUGAUUUGAUGUCACGUUUUUCUGUUAGUUCUUUUUUUUUUUUUUUUUCUGUUACCUGCUUGAUUCUCUUCUAAAUUGUAUGUUUGGAAAUGAAUGGCCAAAAAGGUUUGCCAUAGAUUUCAAAUGUUUUAGUUUUUCCUUCUCUUCUAGGUUUAACAGGUUUUUGUCAAAGUUUGAUAAUUAUAGUUUAGCACCAGUUACUUGCUAGUACACCUUUGUGCUAGUGACUGAGGCUUCUGCAACAGCUAGACAAGAAUGCAUAGAAAUGGACGGGCAUGUAUGGAGUCACCACAGGAGAAUCAUAUUUAAAUGGGCUAAAAAUGAAAUUGGAAACCAGUAUCUGAGGGGCAGAGAGCUGUUUCUAGUGUCAAAGUUCACUGCCCUCAAGCAACUAAUUGCACUCCUCGUGUGUAAGUCUGAAGAAUUCACAUUGCAGCUGGUCUUUUAUGAAAAAUGAGACAACCUCUACCACUGUCAGUGGAUUGAAACCGAAACAGGCCAAGGGAGGCUUCAGUGGACAUUGUUUUCUUGGAGGUUUGUCCUUGCUCCCUGUGUACUUAAGAAAAACCUGACCAGGCCACUUGUUUGAGUAUAUAGUUAAUUUUUACACAAUUGAAAACUUGACUGCAUGAUGAUGAUGAGUUGAAGGGGGGUAAGAUUUUAACUAAACUAUUUGAGUUACAGCUCCAAGACAAAAAGUGAAUGAAUACUGAAAUCCACAUUACAUGUUGAUUGGGGGUGGGGCAGGGGUGAGGGUUUGUACAUUUAAUUUUGGUGUUUUUAGUUGCUUCUACAGUUCUUGUCAGGGUUUAGGUUUUACUAGGAUACUAGUUCAAACAAUUUUCUAUAUUUUAUUUCUGGAGCAUUUUGAGUAGCAUGCAGCUGUCAGGAGGAUGCCACUGUGUAAAGCCUACAUAUGUGGCAGUCACUGUGAGUGUUGCAUGUAACCAAAUAUGCUUCAGUUUUGUAUUUAAAUUCUUUGGCAAUCUCAGGCCGGUAGCCUGCUCUGGACACAGCGUCUUUUUUUGCAAUUGCAACAAAAUCUGCUUCAUGGGUCUGUACAAAUGUAGGAUGGCUCUCUGUGGAAAAAAAAUGCCCCAGGUUUCAUAAUAAAGCCAAUAUUCUGUA